GUCAAAAAAAUAACCUAGAAAACAAUAUUCGUCGUCAGUACCUACCUAUUCAGUAACCAAAAAAGUAACUGACAUCGUUAAAAAUAUAACGUGUACGAGGUGUAAACAAUCUUUAUUUAGGGAACAGGACCACAAUUAACUUAGAAUGGACGACGAUGACGACGUACCGGCACUUUCCGCCGAAACUUUCGCAGCACUUCAAGAAUUCUACGCCGAGCAAGCGAAACGCGAGGAAAUAUUGACUAAACUCGAGUCCGAUAAUAAGCUGACGGAAAACAUAAUAUUUGAGGAGAACUGGCAACUGAGUCAAUUCUGGUACGACGAGAAAACAAUACAGGCACUGGUCCAUGUAAUAGACCAGUGUGUACAGAAUGAUGGCAGAGUUGCCCUCAUUUCCUGUCCCACUCUCUUUGUGCCUGUGAAAAGGCAAAUUGGAAGUCGAGCAACAGUAACACUUCUGGAAUAUGACAGAAGAUUUGAAAUUCACGGAUCAGAUUAUGUAUUCUAUGACUACAAUCAUCCCUUAAAGUUGCCAGCGGACCUCACUCAGUCAUGUGACCUUGUAGUGGCUGAUCCUCCGUUUCUGUCAGAGGAAUGUAUUACAAAGACAUCGGAGACAAUAAAGCUUCUAGCUAAAAAUAAGAUUGUAGUGUGUACAGGAGCUGUUAUGAAGGACCAUGUGGAAAAGAUGUUACAAACUAAAGCUUGUAAAUUUGAACCAAAACAUAGAAAUAACUUGGCAAAUGAAUUCUCAUGUUACGCUAAUUUUAACUUGGACAGCAUGUUGCAAGGGUUAUAGUAUUGAGUUGCAGUAAAUAUGAGGUACAUAUUAUAAUGUGAAUAAUGUGAUAUUAUGUUAUUGUUAAUUUUGCAAAAAUAUACUGGUUAUGAACUUUGUGUUCUAUAAUCUAUAUCAGCCUUUCCCAAAGUGGGCGAUAACGC